AUGAGAUUUCGUUGUAAAAUGAUAGAUGCGGUAGCAAUGCGAGAUUUUACAAAUAUCGUAACAGCUAUAUCAAAAACUUCGAAACAUUGUGUACUCGAAUUGACCAACGAUCAAAUAUGUUUCACUGUUCUUGAUGAUUCUGGUCGUGCACCAACAGUCUGGGUUGAAUUGUCGCGGUAUCACUUUUUUAACGAGUAUGUAAUGGUGGGCAUUGGCGAAAAUAACAACAAAAUUUUGUUUGAUUUUGAUGCUCAAAUGCUGGCUAAAAGCUUGAUGUCACUGAGAGCAACAGCCAGAAGCGUCAAGAUGAAACUUACAAAUAAACAACAUCCUUGUUUAACAUUAGAAAUUGAAUUACCUUCACUUACGACGGAUUCUUGGCAGUGUAUUCACGAUGUACCGAUUAAAAUCUUGCCGAGACAGGAGUGGAAUGUUUAUCAACCACCAACUAUACCCGAUUUUCACAUUUCGAUAGACUUACCACAACUAAAGUACAUAAGAAGUUUCGUUGAAAGGAUGAAAAACAUGUCGCCUCACUUGAGAUUAAUAGUAAACAACGACGGAUUACUUGUCUUAAAAGUAGAAACAGACGCAGCUAGUGUUGCGACACAUUUUCAAAAUCUCCAAGUAUGGAAAGCAGAUGAAUCAGAAAGAGAUAGUGUUACAGCAGCAGUUGACAUCAGACGUUUUUUCACUAUCCAUACUUGGGACGCUAUUCAUCCCGAUUCAGUUAAAUGUAACAUUAUUAAUGAGAGGCUAGUAUACAUACACAUUAACCUAGACGAUAAUAUAAAAGUCCAUCAUUUUAUCCCAGCAGUAGCAAUUGAUUAA